AUUUCUCUCCUCCAUACUGGGCCCAGCGAGGGCGGCACUGGGCGGCUGGCGAUCUAGUGCUGGGCCUCUCCCGGGUGGGUUCCCUGGCAGGCGGGCUGUAGCUCAGGCCUGGAGUGGCGAGGUGGAGCCGGCGCCUCUGUGCGCGCCCCCUCCCCAGAUCCCGGCCUCUGCUCCUCCCCCUGCCCGAUCCCGCCCAAGCGCGCCGGAGGCUCGGGUGCCGGGAGCUGGCGCCGGAGAGGGGGCGGACGGAGCGCAGCGCGGCGCCGGCAUGGACGCGGAGUACCCUGCGUUCGAGCCGCCGCUCUGCAGCGGCCUCAAGCAGCUGUGCCGGCGGCUGCAGGAGGCUUACCGCGAGCUCAAGGAGGACCUCGCGCCAUUCAAGGAUGAUCGCUACUACAGGCUGGCACCCAUGCGGCUCUACACACUCUCUAAGCGCCACUUUGUCCUCGUGUUUGUUGUCUUCUUCAUCUGUUUCGGACUGACCGUCAUCGUCGGCAUCAAGGGACCCAGAGUGAUCGAGACUUUGCCUGCUAAUUUUUCACUGAAUGGCAGCAAGAAGCUGAAGCCAGUUAUCCGUUCAAACCCACUGUCCACGUAUAACCAACAACUAUGGCUGACGUGCGCCGUGGAGCUGGAGCCCUCAGAAGAAACAUCGAUUCAAACCAGCUUCUCCAUGUCUGUGAAGGUCGAUGGCGUGUCUCAAGAUGGAACCACAACGUACAAUCAUAACAAGGUUCACAAUAGGACAAGGACUCUCACCUGUGCAGGGAAAUGUGCGGAAAUCAUCGUGGCCCACCUCGGCUACCUGAACUACACGCAGUACAGAGUGACCGUGGGGUUUGAGCACCUGAACCAGCCCAUCAAGGAUAUGAACUUCACGUGGAAGACAUACAACCCUGCGUUUUCCCAGCUGGAGAUCUGGUUCCGCUUCGUGUUUGUGGUGCUUACCUUCAUUGUCAUCUGCCUGUUUGUGCAUUCCCUGCGCAAGUUCUCCAUGAGGGACUGGGGCAUUGAGCAGAAGUGGAUGUCUGUCCUCCUGGCCCUGCUGCUGCUCUACAAUGACCCUUUCUUCCCACUCUCCUUCCUGGUGAACAGCUGGUUCCCGGGGAUGCUGGAUGACCUCUUCCAGUCUCUGUUCCUGUGUGCUCUGCUGCUCUUCUGGCUGUGUGUGUAUCAUGGGAUACGGGUCCAGGGAGAAAGAAAAUGUUUAACUUUCUAUCUGCCUAAGUUCUUCAUCGUUGGACUGCUGUGGUUGGCUUCUGUCACACUGGGAAUAUGGCAGACAUUUAAUGAAUUAAAUGACCCCAUGUACCAGUACCGGGUUGACACCGGAAAUUUUCAGGGCAUGAAGGUCUUCUUCAUGGUGGUGGCCACAGUAUACAUCUUAUACCUUCUAUUCUUGAUUGUACGGGCAUGCUCCGAGCUCCGUCACAUGCCUUACGUGGAUCUCAGGUUAAAGUUCUUGACUGCAUUGACCUUUGUAGUGCUUGUUAUUAGCAUUGUCAUCCUCUACCUACGGUUUGGAGCACAAGUGUUGCAGGACAACUUCGUAGCAGAACUGUCGGCUCACUACCAGAACUCAGCUGAAUUCCUGUCUUUCUAUGGCCUGUUGAAUUUUUACCUCUACACACUGGCCUUCGUCUACUCUCCAUCGAAGAACGCUCUGUACGAGUCCCAGCUGAAAGACAAUCCUGCAUUUUCCAUGCUGAACGACUCUGAUGACGAUGUGAUUUACGGGAGCGACUAUGAAGAAAUGCCCCUGCAGAACGGUCAGGCCAUCCGUGCCAAAUGCAGGGAAGACUCGGACAGUGACUGAGCCCCAGGCAGCAGAUGGGACAGCAUGGGGCCCGGAGGCUUGCCUGAGCGAUGGCCUUCUGGCCUUUUCUUCUCUCGGUUUGUGUCUGGACUCCUCUGUAAGCAAAGCUUUCCUGUUCCUUGUUUGUUUACAUAUUUUUAAAAGAAAAAAAAAACCAAAUGGAUUGAAAUGUGGGGCGGAGUUUGCUGUGAGGGUAGCCCCACUAUUUAAGAAGAGGGGCCGGCUGGUAGAGAAGUCAAAGGUAUCUCCUUUACACCCACAUCAGGCGAGCUGGAGCCUGUAUGCAGCCAUGAGGAGAAGCUACCCAUUUUUUAAUAAAAAGAAUUAUGUACUUUUUUUUUCUUUUAAAAAGCAAUUGAGUCUGUGGGAGGCCUGAUGCCCAAGGUCCCAGCACGACAAUGAUGGCUCUCUCCUCUCUGAGGCACCGUCCUUGAGUGCUCUACCUGGGCCUGCCUCCGGUGGGCGGUCUGCCUCCAUCCUCUCCAGAGCAUGGUCAGUGUGCUGACUCUCAAACAUCUGCCGUGAGGUUUUGAUUGUGUUUGGUGAGUCACAUACAAUGCCAUUUUCAGGAAUGGCAGGUGGCCAGGUUCCUGUCCAUCAUUGCCCCCCAAGCAGAAGUGACAGCGAAGUUGAGUCCGGGGUGAGCUAAUCGUCUGGCGGAAGCUAAGGCAGCUACAGGCCAGCAGUGCUGUGGGCAAGGCCCUGUGUGUGACACGGGGCUCUUGAAGGCUCUGUGCACAGUUAGGAUUGGGUUUCCCUGUGCUCAGGGUGGAAAACGAGGCAGCCCUUCCCAGUCCAAACGUUUCUGCAUCUCCACUAAAUAUCAAAUCAAACCCCCAGAGAGCUUUUUUUUUUUUUGAAUGAAAGCAACAUGAAAUACAACUAUAUUAGAAAUAGUAGAAAUUCUUCCUUGCCAGAAAGACUUUCCGUUUAACAUUAGGAAGUAAAAUAAAGAGAAAGUAAAACAUUGUGAAUGGCUCUUGAGACAGCCUCGGAUGAAGGAACUUGCCCCAAGGUCGUUCUGGGGUUUGGAGUGUUGUUGCUCUGCUGGAAGAUGGAUGUCACCCACACUGGUGAAGUUCAGCCACUGGAAGUCCUGAGGGCCACUGCCUCCCAUCCUGCUCCUUGGAGUUUGCCCACACAGAACGUCUCUGUGAACACUUGGUAAAGGUAGCCAUCCUGCCUGCCUCUGCCCUGGCAAUUCCAGAGGCCCAGUUCGGGUAGAUCCCUCUCCAGGCAACACUGAUCCCUUCACCUAUGCACUGACUCAGAGCUCUGCCCUGAGCUGCAGGUUACUGUCCGUGCGGGCCAGAUUCCAGGGAUGGCCGCGGCUCUCCAUGCUGCCUGUCUUCUAAAAAAUCGUCAACAUACUUUAAUAUGGACUCCAUGUGCAUUUUUUUUAAAACUUGUAACUAUGAACAUUGGAAUGGAACUGUCCUUGCAAAGGUUUACAUGAUUUUUUACAUUUGCUGUGAUCGCUGAGAAUGUUCUCGAAAAAUACCGGAAGGGUGUUUGUCACCAGCCCUUCCCUGGCAGUGGAGCUUGAAGCUAUCAUUCCGUGGACAGGGACUUGUGCUGAUCCCAAGAUGUUCUAAUCUGUGAGGGUUUACAUGUCUUAAUCAUUAUAAAUAAGUCUCCAUGGUUUAUAAACGCUAUUUAUCAGUUGGUGUAAGAUAUUUUAAGCAUUUAGGUGCAGACUUCAGAACUUUUAAAUAAAACUGCCCUGUAGUAUAAUUAUAAACUGAUCCUAGUGUCUGUAAAACGAAAGGAUUUUUUUUUUUUUUUUUGCUGUUGAAAUAGGAAUUACAAAGAAGCACCCCCUAGUGUCAUAUGCAUCAUAUAUCCUAUGCUGUGUAAAGCUCUUACAAAACUAAAACUUCAGUGUGUAGGUAGAAGCUCAGGUGUUAGGUUAAAACACUAAACUCCGCCAGGACUUUUGAUAGUAACCAGAAGACUGUUUCGUUCUGAGGGGAUUAAAAUUCUGUAAACUUAAGUUAUAAGUUCAAAGGGCUGACGGGUUAUUUCAGGGUAAUGGUUUGAAUCAUACGGUCUUUGGGGUAUUUUUUUAUAUUGGUCCAAUCCAGGGGAACCUGGAAGAUGCUGGCUCCCGGACUCCCCGUGAGAGCUUCCACUGUCCCCGUGGAUAGUAAAUCUGCUUGAUUUAUCCUCAAAUCACUGCAGCAGUGACCUGGUGCCUUCAAGCCCCAUUCGAAAGGCUCGAGAAGGGCGUGUGUAGGCGUGCAGCUGAGGCUCGUGAGGCCGUUUCUGUACAGUUACAGACUGAAACAAGUUAGGUAAGUAAAGCCAGCCUGCAGAUGGGCAGUUUAUAAAAGCAAAUCUCCCCAGCCUCGAGUGCUGAACCAUUGGAGGCAUAGUUAGGAUAAACAGGUUCAAAUAUGGUUACUAAUCUUUAUAGGAAAAACACAAGCACCCCCAAAAGGAAGAACUAAGUCCCUCCAUGAGGAACAGACCUGAGACUUGAUGUGUAUUUGUAUAUUUGAGGGUUUGCCUUAGUGGUUAGAUUUUUUGGGGGGAGGGGGAGGUAGGGUGGGGGAAGCUCUUUUUUCCCCACCCCCCCCCAGGCCAAAGGAAAAUUGAUUUCGUCAGAAACCUUGCUGAACGUUUAUCUUGGUGGAUUGGGUGCUGCUAGGUGCUACCAUUCUAUGAUAUAUCCUGUGACACAGAACAGGUUAACUUCGUUGUAUGACACAGAGGGUUUUUAUGCUUCUAAAAACUACCUUUUUACAAAUGUCUGUAAAUAUCUGUCAAAUAAAAAUGCUAGCCUCUAAAAGUCCAGAAGGAACACUGUUUGGACCAUCAGUGGAACACUGUUGUCUGAGCAGUCAAGGGAAUAAAAUGCUUAUUUAUGAAAAACUCAAUAAAACUCACAUUUUGA